GGUCGCAGUGAGGCGCCAAGCUCGAGUUUGGCGGUUGGUCGCCUUGGAGACAGCGGCGAGGCCGGGCCUUUGGAUAACAUGUCUAAAAGGAAGGGACUGAGCCUUGAAGAAAAGCGAACUCGUACGAUGGAAAUAUUUUUUGAAACAAAAGAUGUGUUUCAGCUGAAAGAUUUGGAGAAGAUUGCACCAAAGGAGAAAGGAAUCACCUCCAUGUCUGUGAAGGAAGUACUGCAGAGUCUAGUUGAUGAUGGAAUGGUGGACACUGAUCGAAUUGGAACUUCUAACUAUUUCUGGGCGUUUCCAAGUAAAGCUCUUCAUAUGAGAAAAACGAAACUGGAGCAGUUGAAGCAUCAGCUUGCUGAAGGAACCCAAAGGAAACAAAGUUUACAGCAAAGUAUUGAGAAAGCCAAAGUGGGCCGUCAAAAUACAGAAAAGCGUGCAACUAUGUUAAAAGAAUUGGAGGGACUGCGACAACAAAGGAAUCAGUUGAAAGCAGAGUUGGAAAAAUAUAAAGAAUGUGAUCCAGAAGUAAUUGAAGAAAUUAGGCAGACAAACAAGACAGCAAAAGAUGCAGCCAACAGAUGGACUGAUAACGUGUUUGCCAUAAAAUCCUGGGCAAAUAAAAAAUUUGGAUUUGAACGGAAUAAGAUUGAUAAGGCUUUCGGAAUUCCAGAAGAUUUUGACUAUAUUGACUGAUGGUUUCAGUCUGUACAACUUGAUCUUUCUUGUUUGUAUCAAACUUGACGUUCAUCAAAAAAAGAGUCUGACUUUUAUCGCAAUAAAAUUUAGACUUCAACUGCAGGGCGAUCAAUUUUACUCUUUUGAUACUUUGAGUAUUGUGCAACUGCUGUUUCAAUCAGUGUUGACAGCAGAAAUCAUUUUGCUAUCCUGUUAUGAAGGUCAAACUCCUAGCAGAUACUAACAAUUUAUAGAGCAUUGGGUCCAGUUAGAUUAAAAAGCAAUUGAAUAAAAUAAUGUAGGAAGUUAUUUCACAAGACUGGUAAUAAUAGUUUAACCAGUAUAUAAGGUCCCGUAUAGCUUGUUAAAAUAGUAGUUCUGAUACGUAGUAUUUUUCCUUAUAAUAGUCACUCAAUCUCAUAUUGUACAGGGAUGAUCUCUGAAAUACCAUCUCAAUCUAAGGAAAAUAUCUAACCUGCUGUACUAAAUCUUCCUUCUCCACUUCACUGACAAAAGAUAAUUGAGUGUAAUUUUGAAAGAAUUUAGGAUAAAAUGCAAGCUCUAUAAAGCUUAAUUGCAACUAAAAUUGUUUUGUAAGGCUCUAAAGUCUGCCCUCUAAUUAAGGUUUUGUUACUUAAAUGUUCCAUACUCUUUGGUGUUUUGUUUCAUUUUGUAAAGAAGGGAUAAAAUCUUCUCAAUAAAAAUGCUGCUUCCAUAUUGGGGAAUGAAAGCAGAUUAUCUAAUGCAACAAGACUGACUACAUAUAUUGAUGAUGUCAGGUUGAAAUUGAGAUAAGAUAAAGAAUUGCACAUCUGCAAUAUCAGAAGUUUAGUGUAUAAGUGAAUUAUAUUGUAAAUCAUAAAUUUGUAUUUUAAUAAACAUCACAUACAAUCUUAA